UUAUGGACUGCUGAGGAGAGAGAAUAAACGCCCCCUCUGGAUGGAAAGAGAACUGCAGCUGUCUCCUCAUCAUUCACCACGUCAAAGAACACAACGCAGAAUUAAUUUUUAGCCUGUGUCGGCACAGACCGGCUACAUAUAUAUAUACAUAUAAUUCAAUAUAAGAUUACAUUAUAAUAUACAAUUAUGAUGUUUUAAUUUGUGUUAUUUCAGGGUUUACACGUGCUUGUGUUGUCGGAGUCCAAAGUGCCACAAGAUGGCGUUCGAGUCCUACCAAGACCUGUCACGUGAGCUGACAAUACUUUACUGUAGUUAAGCUAAAGUCAAACAUUUGACAACUGAGCAGGACCAACAGAACCUUCGUCAAUAUUUAACCAGGAAGCUCAGAGUCCAUUCAGUCCGGUUGGUUCAGUCAGUCCAGACGACACCAGGCUAGAGCCACGUCAUGCUAAGGUCCAGGACUUGGACGAGCACGGCCCACUGGGUCAGAACGUGGAGCCGCCGAACCCGGAGCCAUGAAGCUGCAGCGGCUGCCCGGCUGGACCUGAGUGGGAUCUACCCGCCCAUUGCAACACCCUUCACCCCUCAGGAGGACGUUGACUACGACAAACUGGACCAGAACCUGCACAAGUACGCACAGAUACCGUUUAAAGGUCUGGUGGUCCAGGGCUCCAAUGGCGAGUAUCCUUACCUGACGGAGGAGGAGCGCGUGGAGGUGGUGAGAAGGGUGCGACGCUUGCUGCCUGCUGACAAACUGGUGAUGGCUGGAUCAGGCUGUGAAUCCAGCAGAGCCACGCUGCAGCUAACAGAAAAGAUGGCGGCGGCCGGAGCCGAUGCCGUCCUGGUGGUCACGCCGUGCUUCUACAAGGGCAAGAUGGACAGCCGCGCCCUCGUUGAACACUUCACAAAGGUUGCAGACGGCAGUGCAGUGCCGGUGGUUCUGUACAGCGUUCCGGCCAACACGGGCCUGGAGCUGCCUGUGGAUGCUGUGGUUCGUCUGUCGCAACAUCCCAACAUCGCUGGACUCAAAGACAGCGGGGGAGACAUCUCUCGCAUCGGCCUGAUCGUCCACAAAACAAAGUCGCAGGACUUCCAGGUGUUGGCGGGCUCGGCGGGCUUCCUCAUGGCGGCUUAUUGUGUCGGCGCGGUGGGAGGAGUCUGUGCGCUAGCCAACGUGCUGGGUCGGCAGCUGUGCGAUUUGGAGCGUCUGUGCACGUCUGGUCGCUGGGACGAGGCCCGAGAGCUGCAGCAGCGCCUUAUCGAGCCCAACGCCGCCGUAACCAGAAAGUUGGGAGUGCCCGCCCUCAAGCAGGCCAUGGAGUGGUUUGGGUUUCAUGGCGGCGUCUGUCGAUCGCCACUGCUACCUCUGGACCAGAACCAGACAGAGCAGCUGAGGCGGGACUUUUCAUCCAACGGAUGGUUGUGAGUGUGUGUGAGAGAGAGACAUUAAACACUAUCGUAUUAUUAUACAAUUAAUAGAAUAAACAAAACGUAUCCAACGAUCGGUUGCUCUGAACUUUGAAACGCCACAUGACCACAUGAUUUCUCCCAGCCAAUCAGUGAAGAGCAGUGGCACGCAUGAUAAAGGAUGUCUGAAAAUGAAUUCCAUAAUCACAAUGAAGUGUUGAAGGUAUUACAUUUUGACAGGUCAAGCAUUUUAAGUUGAUAAGUUUUAUCAAAUGUUCGUGUUGAGACUUAUCUUGGCGUGCACCUGUAAAGAAGUAUUUUUUAAAAAACAAGUGAAGCUCUAGACGUGAUCACACUAAUAAAAUCACGUUGCGUUUAACAAGUGUGUUUUAUUCUUGUAACUCCUUGUGGAACAUGUCACGUACUUGGGAGUCCACGAAUGCAAGAACAUUUUAAUGUGCUUAUUAAGUGUAAUAACAUAAAAAAAUACUGAAAAAUAAGAACAUAUGAAAUAAAUGUGAAUAAUACUUCAAAAUAAGAACAUUGAAACGUGUAAAUAACAAAAAUACUUGAAAAAUCAUUCUUAAACAUUAAAUAAUGUUUUUUUAGAUAUUUACAGUAACAUUAGCAUCAGUGGUGAAUACCAGCUG